GCGUGGUGGGGCGGGACUAGUGGUGGGGCGGGGCCCGAAGGCGCGCGCUGCUCAGACUAGGAGGAGGGCCAGGAGCGCGCGGCGCGCGAGUCUGGGAUCAGAGCGCGCCGAGCUCCGUAUCCCAAAGAGGGAGAGAACCUCAAGGGGCCCGCCCCGGGACUGCUAAGAGCGCACGAGCCUCGCAGACUGCAGGCCAGGGAAGCGGGAGCCAGCCCCCGCCGCCGCCGCCACCACCGGCCACCAAGGGCGGAGCUACGGCCCGGAGGGCCAUGCGCCACCGGGUCCGAGGAUCCCGGCCGCGGUCCGGGCAGCGCUUCUCCGGCGCCCCGGCCGGCGCGGCCGAAGCUGCGCGCCUGUAGGUACGGCCUGCUUGUCCUCAGCUCCCUGUCCUAAGGUUCCUUUACCCGGUGCCCAGCAGUUCCCGAGGGCGUGUGUGUGAGUGUGAUUGUGAUCGUGUGGUUGUGUGGUUGUGUGUGUGUGUGUGUGUGUGUGUGUGUGUGUGUGUGUGUGUGUGUGUGUGUGUUAAGGUGUGUGCUCACUGCCUCCCCGGGAAGCGCGGCCGCACGCGCCUGGGUCCAAGCGUGUCUUUGUGUGCACCGGUGGGAGGGAGGAGGACGCGCGACAGAGGGGAUGAACCCCUCUGGGAUCGGAUCCCAGACUCACUGCCCAGGAGAGGUGGAGAGUAACGGGAAGCUGGGGCGGGGGAAGAAGCCACCUCCAGAGCAGCUGAGCCCCUUUCCCCUCAUCGGACCCUGGCUCGUUGGAGGGGCGAGCGCAGCUGGUCCUCUACAGGAAGGGAUCCGAUGCUGGGGGGGAGGGGACGUUCAGGUCUCUUCCCGGGUCUGGGAGGAGGUGGGUCAACCCAGCAUGAGGGUGAUGGCUACACGCUGGGGUCUAGAGAGACCCCAGCGGAGCCACAGUUAUCCCGUGGGGAUACCCCCUUAAGGCCCAGGCCCUCUUAUCCAAGGCCACCAUUCGUGACCCGCCCACUCUGGAGCGCCAGAGCAGCCCGGGUUUUGAGAGGAGGAUCGCCGAGGGUGACAGGCCGGCGCCUUUAAGAAGGGGCGGGUUAGUGCCCUCCAUUCAGCCCCUUCGGCCUAGGCCAUUGAUGAACCUGUGAGCUGCGCGUGUAGGAGCCGCGCCAGGGCUGCGGGCCGAAACCAGGCAGAGGCUGGGACCUGCCUGGGCUUUCCUACCGUUCCACCUUCGCUUAGUCCCCUAAGUGGAGUCUUUGAGGUCAGAAGUCUGCAGUGACCGGAGAGUCGCAGGGUAUCCCCCAAAGAGUCGGUGACCAAGAAUAAACCAGAGUCUAGUUCGCCCGAGGUGAGGCAGGGGGUGGGGCUGUCAGACCAGUGUUGAACUUCAUCUCUGCCUCUUUGUGGAUUUUUAAAAAUUUUGCGUGUGUGUGUGUGUGUGUGUGUGUGUGUGUGUGUGUGUGUGUCAGAGGACAACUUUCGAGAGUCAGUUCUUUCUUUACAUGGGUUCUAGGGACCAAACAGCAAGUGUCGUCAUUACCCACUGAGACAUCUCACCAACACGGCCUCUGCCCCCUGAGCUGAUUAACCUUGUGUGCCAAAUAAAAUGGUGUUUCUCCCAGGGGACCUGAUGGAAAUGUCCCACUCAGAAAGCACCCCUCAUACUUGGGCAGUCGCCCUAGGUAUGUGGUUUCCCCAGGAGGCUAUAGGGAAUGGGGGAUUUGAAGCCCCUAGACUGUAUCAUAUUCUUCCAUAUAUCUCUUUUGGCUUCCAAGACGUUUGAAAAAAAAAUCUUUCAAAAAGCAUUAGGCUAGUGUGAGGCCUCAUGGUUUUGUUUGCUUGCUGCUGCUGCUGCUGCUGCUGCUGGUGAUGGUAGUGGCUGAGAUAGUCUCACUAUGUAGCCCGGCUGGCCUGAGGCUCUCUUUGUAGACCAAGCUGGCCUUGAAGUCAGAAGGAUUUCUGCCUGUGUUUAAUUGACUCUUAAAUUAUUACUGUUGUUGUGUGCGUGUGUGUGAUGUGUGUGGGCUCAUAUGGCUCCGUACACAUGCAAAGAUCAGAGAACAGCUCUGUGGACUUUUCAGUCUCUCUUUACACCUCUAUGUGGGGUUCCAGUGGGUGAGCUUACAGGGUGAGGUAGUGAACCCCUCUCCCUGCUAAGUGAGCCUUUUACCAGCCUGAGGCAGAGUUGGUUUAAGGAGCAGGACCUCAGAGCCAGAGUUGGCCAGCUGCUGCUUUCUUGAAUCAGUUACCCCCUUUGUCUCUGUAAGGAGCCUACACACUCCCUGGAAAGUGUGAACCUUGGUAGUGAGGACUGUGGGUGCCCCAUAAUUGAACAGUUCUGGGGAACAGAGAGUUAAAGAACACACUUUCUCCCCGCCCCUCCCCACCCCCCAGUUGUGAUGAAACACUUUCCAAAGUUUCUUAGUCCCUUACAUACUUACUAGGAGUCCCCAAGGAGGGCUUGGAACACACACCCAGACACACACACACACACACACACACAUACACACACACACAGUACCGAACGAAGGCAAGGCCAUCCAGCCAGUGGAGUCUCUACCUCCCAGGGGCUAGCUUAAUUGAUCUCAGAUGACCCAUGCCAAGCUCUGAGCAUUGUCACAAAACAAAUUUAGGGGAAGUAGAAUGGUUUGCCCAAAGUCUCUCAGCCCACGCGUCAGAGACCUCCAAGCCACUCCCCCUCUCCCCCGCCCCGGCAAGAGCUUCAGCUCUGAUUUUGUUUUUAAAUUUUUAUAACAUUUGUUUGUGUGUGCUGCGUGGGUGCCCUGCUGUGGCACAUGUGGACAUCAGAAGACAACUUUGGAAGCAGCUCUCUCCUUCCAUCAUGUGGGUCCCGGGAAUGGAACUGGGGUCACUAGACUUGGCCACAAGCAUCUUGACCUACAAAGUCAUUUUAAUAGCCCUUGGGUUUUUUCUUUUGUUUUGUUUUUGUUCUUGAGACAGGGUCUUUCUCUGUAGCCCUGGCUAUCCUGGAACUCACUUUGUAGACCAGGCUGUCCUAGUACUCCCGGAGAUCUGCCUGCCUCUGCUUCCUGAGUGCUGGGAUCAAAGGUGUUCGACGCUGCCACCAGCUGGUGUCCUUAUUUGAGAUAGCUUCAUGCAACCCAGGAUGGCCCCCAUCUCUCUCUCUUACCAAGGCUGGGCUCCUGGAGCUCUUAACUCCACCUCCUAAACGCUGGGGCGUGCGCUGCCAUGCCUAAAGCUGAUUCUUACUUCUUGCAUGGUCCCCUGAGCCCUGGUAAAGUGCGAGGGAGGGUUUUCGGGUGCUGUGAGCCUCCGGGCUGCAGUCCCCAUGAGGGGAGAUUUAGUUAGACAGAUCCUCGCCAUCUGUCUUUGGCUGUCCAUGUGGGGUUACAGGGGCUGUCACAAACCCAGCUUCUAAUGAAGUCUCUUUCACUCUCACCUAACUGCGUCUUUUUAUGGCUGUGCUCUGUCCCCAGGGACAGCGAGUAUAUCCUCAGCCUGAAUUCAAGCCCACACCUUUCUGGGCACAGUAAACAGGGGCAUGGCUGUGUGGGAGUAUGCUGCUUUUCUUCCUCUGAGUGAAGUAGGUGUUGAGGGUGAACUCUGCAGAUGCUGGUAAGCCCUCUGAGGAUAGGGAGCAAGUCAUCUGAAGUCACAGUCUGGUGGAGGAGACGGUCACAAGCCACAGGUGUUAUCCUAGAGCAGGGUAGAGGCAACCCAGGAGAAGGGGCUCUCCAGUCCCCUGUAGGCUGCAGGCAGAUCAGCGGAAAGGGUCUGCAUCUGCAGCACCCAGAACUGAAGGGGUCACAGGAGGGAGGCCUUGGGGAUCACUCGUACUGUGUGUCAGGAAAAGCGCACGCACACAACAGAGCAGCUAGAGAGAUGGCUUUCAGUGCUCACCACAUGUAUGAGGAACUGAGGCACAUCCGUCCCCAGAAACCUUACACUGAUAUGCAUGCCUUUAAGAUCUGAGACUGGAGGAUGCCUGGGUGCUUGCUGGCCAGCCAACUAGGCCCCCUCACAAAACAUGAGGUAGCAAGUGAUUGAGGAAGUCACCUGGUGUCAACCUCUAAUGCACACACGCUUGAGUGCACACACGGUAGCAGGAAAAGAGGAACACCUUGUAGGUCUGGGGGUGCUGGGUCAAGUUCCAAGUGCAUCACAUGAUACUGGAAGAGGGGGACUCCUGAACCCUAGGCCCUAAGCCCAAGUCAGAUCUGAGCCACCUCUGCUCUGCAGUGCCCCCACCCCCCAGCCCCAGUAAAGCAAGGGUAGGGUAUGAGGAGGGCUGGUUCAGCUGGAGCCAGCUUAGCAGGGUUUCGGGGAGCUGUCCAGCACUGGGUGAUUCUGAGGAAAAAUAUAGCGGACAUCCUCCACUCUGCUUAGUGUGCGGUCCCAGUCCCCAACCCUGCUCUCCAGACCCCUGCUUCCUUCAGGUCCAAGACGUGGGUUCCCCUGCUCUUCUUUCCCAAAAAGCAAGUGCUGGGUCCCCUUUCUGUGCCCCUGAAAGAAUUUCUUCUGGGAAUCCGAGCUAUAGGAUGGGACAGGCCUGGAACUUGCCUCCUUCUGCAUUCUGGGUCCCCACACAGUGUGUCUGUUACACUAAGGGGGUGUGGACUUGUACAAAUCCAGUAGAGGAGAGUCUGGGUCCCCCCUCACCAGAACCCCAUUUCUUCAUCUAGGGUAGUGGGCGAGGCCUUCCUUUGUUCCUCUGUUAUAGGGAAGAUGCUGUAGGAGAAAGGUAGCCCAGUCGUGUGUGGGAGACAACUGUGGACCCUCAAUUUAUAGAGAUUUGAGUGGGGAGCAUCAAGAAACAGAGAGACCAGGGAAGAAGUGUCUGUAGCUAGGUGCCUUGUUUUGCUCAAGCAAGAGAAGGGACUUACUACUUUUUAAUUCUUAUUUACUUUUUUAAAUUAAAUUUUAUUUUAUGUGUUUGGGUAUUUUACCUGCCAUGUAUUUGUACACUACUUUUUCCUUUUUAGAUUUAUUUAUUUCAUGUGUAUAAGUACACUGUCGCUGUCUUCAGACACACCAGAAGAGGGCGUCGGAUCCCAUUACAGAUGGUUGUGAGCCACAUGUGGUUGCUGGGAUUUGAACUCAGGACCUCCGGAAGAGCAGUCAGUGCUCCUAACCCCUGAGCCAUCUCUCCAGCCCCCUUUUAUUUACUUUUAAUUUUAAAAAUUACAUUGUUCAUUUUCCACGUGUAUGUGUGUGCAACGCCAGAUGUGUUGGUCAGAGAGCAACUCAGGAGAGUCAGUUUUCUUCUUCCACCAUUUGGGCCCCAAACUCCGGCUGUCAGGCUUGGCGGCAAGCACCUUUAUCCGUGAGCCACCUCACCCUCCCUGCUUACUUGUUAUGGAGACAGAGUCUCAUGUAAACCAGACUGGCUUUCAACUUGUUAUGUUGCUAAGAAUGGCUGGCCUUGAACUCAUGACCCUGCUACUUCUGCCUCCCCCACGCUGGGAUUACAGGCAUGCACCAUACAUGGCUCUGUGUGAGGUUAGCAUGCUCUCACCCUCCGUCUAUGGGAUGGGGAAGUGGAGGCCCCAGCAGGGGUGCAGGCCACAUGCUAGGAGGCAGAGAAGCUGGGAUUCAGACAGACCUACUCCAUCUGGCCACUUCACCACCCCAAUGUGCAUGGAGGGACGUGCUUCAGUUAGUUCUCUGAGAGACAAAAGAGUGUCCUAGACUGUCUAACAGGUGCAUUCCUUGGUUGGGAGGAAAUCUCUGGAUGCUCGGAGGGAAGCAUGGUGCUGAGAGACCCCCCUCCCCCUCCCUCCGCACACACCUUAAACCAGCAGCUAAUACUAUUUUUUCUUUGGAGGCAAGGGAGGGUUUUCUGUCACCCUGCACAGCCUUGAACUCCUGGUCCUUCUUUCUCCCCCUUCUGUGAGCUGGCAUUACAGAUGUGCACCGCCUUGCCUGUAUAGGCAAUGCUAGGGAUGGAACCCAGAAUUUUAUGUGUGCUAGGCAAGCCCUCUAUCCACCAGCUCCUGUAGACUCUUAUUGUCUAUGGUCCCAGCAGGUUCAAGUCAAGCUGACUUCUUCCCAAAGCCAGCAUCGUGGGUGGGAAAGGAUGGGAAAUUCCAGUCACAUCCUCCCUCUAGCAUGAGGCUCUGGUUCAGAUCCUGCUGUGUACAUGUGGUGCCGGCCAAGAGGUCGGGUAGCCCCGAGAAGCAAUGCUCGGGUACCUAACGUUCCCGUUGGGCACCACUCUGGCCUGCAGGAAUGUGGGUGGGCUGCGUGGAGAGAGAUACAUGGGAGCCACGGGAAGCUGAAUGAGCCUCUGCCGUAAUUGGGAGGCCGAGUGGCACCAGGCAAACCAGGGCACUACUGGAAAGGGAGGACAUGAGCGAUCGUGGCUGGAGCCAGGAUCCAGGGAAGUCCUGUGUGAAUGACGGUAGACUGUUCUUGUGUUUUGAAGGGGAGGAGUGUCAUUAAAUGGCUCAUUAAAGGACGCUGUCUCACCAAAAACAGAUGACCAUUCAUUCUGGUCAUCUCUUCCUCUCAUGCUGUUGGUGGUCCCGCACAAACUAAGGGCCAUCUUGCCUAAUGUUGCCUGCAUCCCUCCUGGCUACCGUAUCGCACAUCACACCUGGGCCCCCCUAGUAGCCAGUAGAUUGCACCCUGAGGGACCUCAGACUCCUCAGCCUUCCCCUCCCGGGAGUAUCUGUCGACUCCUGAGCCAAGAGGGUACCAGAGGGAGGCUGUUGUCACCACAGCAAGGGUUUCCCAGAAACCCGAGCCUCCUGGGCAGGGGGCGGGGCCGCCGCGUCUCCCCGCCCACCGAGCCCAGGAUCGAUUAGUGCUCUGCCCAUUAGCGCGGAGCGGCAAGGCGGCCUCAUCAAUAUUUUAAGGAAUGACCAGGCCUUGGGGUCCGGAACUGCUCACUGCUAGCGGGGGUUGAAGACGGGCUUUUUUCCCUCCCUUUUCCUAUUGUCAGCGCUAUUUUUACUACCGGAAAGCCGUCCACCCCCUCUGCUGCCCUGUCUGCGCAGUGACUCUGUCUGAGUGUCUGGCCUUGAGGUUAGUCAAGGCAGUGGCUUUGAAAGACCAUGAGCAGGGGGAUCUUAGUCAAGCUGUCCCUGCCCUGCUCUCGCGACCCCUCCAAAGCCCCAUCCCACUUAAGAACAACAACAAAGCCAAAAAGCUCUGGGGAUAGCUGAACGGUGGGGUGCCUGCCUGGCAUGCAUGAAGAUCUGGCUUCCCUCCCAGUCUGAUACUGCACACCUGUAAUCCCCGUACUGCAGGAGCCUUGAAGACAAGAGAUCAAGGUCCUUGUCGGCAAUAUAAUGAGUUCGAGGCCAGCCUCAAGUACCUAAGAGACUUUUAAAAACAAUAAAAGCAGCGUUCUUUCCAGGCGAGGAGCCAGUUAGGGGAGCUAAGAUCAGACAGACCCAAUUGUAGUGAAGAGUGGCAGACGCUGGACCUUUCUAGUACCUAGGGACCUACCAUCCCCCCACUCCCCACCCUCCCACCCCCCCAACCCUGGUCUAGUAGGCUUUGUCUAUCUCUGCCCAAAGAGCUCAGGAUGUUUUCAUUCCUUACCUGUCCCAGGUCCUCGUUGGGUGGCAGCUGGUCUUCAAUGUCCAGCGAGUGUACUUUCAUAGCUCACCCAGCCCCUGCUCCAGCCCUCUGUUACACUGAUAGAGAAACCAAGGCUCCGGGGAAUGGGGUAUUGGGCCAGGAUGGAGCACACUCCUCCCCGGGCUGAGUCACUAGGCUUCUUCUAGCACCAGGUGCUGCAGGAGGAGCGUUGGGAUAUAACCACAGACACCAGAGGUCACAGGCCACAAGGACAUGUGAAUUCCUGUCUAGUACAGAAACUUCCAGGAAAAGGCAGGGUUAUCGGCUCAGGAGUGGGUAAGAGCACUGGCUUUGAAAGCAUGAGUUCUAAUCCCCAAGACUGAAUGUGGCCAUAUGCACUCUGACCCCACUACAGCGGGCCGUGGGUCUGGCUGGCUACCAGUCUACCACUGAGCUCAAUGAGAGAAUCCUGUCUCAAUGAAGUAAGGGGAGUGAGGGGGGAGGGUAUGGUCGUCCUGUACCCCCCCACACACACACACACGAUAGGGCUUGUAAGAUGACUCAGUAGGUAAAGGUAACUAAGCCUGACAACCUGUGAUCAACCCUUAGAACCCACACAAUGGAAGGAGAGAACCAACCCCCAUAGACUGGGCUCUGACUUCCACACAUAGGUUGUGAUGCAGGCAUGCACGUGCGCGCGCGCGCGCGCGCACACACACACACACACACACACACACAAGUGUAAAACUAAAAUAGAAGGUUCUAUACACCUGAAGGCCAAGGAGAAAAGCAAUCCAGGCAGAGAUAGGAGGGGAAAGAGACCAAGGUCAAGGGGCUUUAAUUCAUGAACCUUCUAAGCCAGUCCCUAGUGGGGACAGGAUGACAUUGUCCACCCUGCUUCCAGUACCCUGCUCUCUGGCCCUGCUUUCCCACUGUGUGAACCCACGAUCAUCUGCACACUGAUUGUCACACACUGCUGAUCUCCACAGUGAGUGGGAAACCUUCCUGGCCAGAGAAGAUGGGGACAGUGCCUGCUGUGGCUAUGAUGUUUACUACCUGAGCCAUUGGUCUGCCCUUCUAGGGAGGGGUGAGCCGUUCCUUCUCCAAGUGAAGCUCAGAAUUAUGUAAGGUCAGCCGAGGUCAAGAACUUCAUUUCCUCCCGGAUCCGGCCCCAAGGGUUGUUGGGAGCAGCACUUCCUUGUGUGGGUCCAUCGGUCUGCAGUGCCUCCCUGUGUCUUUCCUGUGUGUGAGUUCUGGACUCCCUGUCUAUAGGCAGAGGAUGUAUUGGCCUCUCUUGAUACAUUUGUUUCUUUCUUUGAUUUCAUUUUGAGAUCAAAUCUUGCCUAAGCUGGUCUGGAAUUUUCUAUUAGCUUGGAGUAACCUAAGACUUCCAACCCUCCUGCCUCACCCUCCUUGGUUUUUUUUUUUUUUUUGGAGCUGAGGACCGAACCACCCAGGGCCUUGCGCUUGCUAGGCAAGUGCUCUACCACUGAGCUAAAUCCCCAACCCCCUGCCUCACCCUCCUAAUGCUAAGCUUACAGGCACAUGCCGCCCAGGCUGGCACAACUGUCUCCUCUAAGACCCUCCACCCUAAAGCUAGGCUUAUAAUCAGGUGCCACCACACCCUGCUUCCCCUGUUCUCUGUAGCCUGGGACACAAGACAGCUAGCUAUACUGGCCCAUAAGCUCCUGGCCUGCCGGUGGGGUUGGAGAAGAGAGGGCAGGAAAGAUCCAGCCACUCUCCUGCUUAGGACACAAUGCACCUCUCAGAAUCUUGGCGGAGUCUAAUUUCCACCUGGCUUGGGUGGGGCCCUACAUAGGCCCUGUCCUCCGUGAUUCUGUUCCUUCUCCAUUCAAAGGCUUUCACAGCCAUCAGAAGGGACAAAGGGAAGCCUAAAACCCAGUGCCAGGGCUGACCUCCUAGCAGCCUCCACACAGGCCCAUAAUUAGCCUUCCGACCAUGCUCACCCAUGCCAUCACACAGAGUAGGAGAUGCCCUGCUGGGUAAGUGCAUGGACUUGGGGCAGGCCCUCCUGGGUUUAGCAGUGAGUCCUUCCAUCCUUCUUGGAGGUCAUGGUGGUGGUGGUGGUGGUGGUGGUGGUGACGGCAGUGGCCUAGCAGGUACAGUCCCUACUUCCAGGGAAAAGAGUGAGUGACAGGAAUCUGAGAUAUGACUCAGGCCUUCCUUCCGCCCACAAGGACAACCCGUGCCAGCCGGAGAGAUAGACUUAAAAGCAGGCACAGAGCACAGCACAAGUGGUAGCUUGCUAGAGGGACACUCAUGGAAGCUUAGAAGAGACACUUGUCGCGCAAGGCCCUGGGUUCAGUCCCCAGCUCCGAAAAAAAGAAAAAAGAAGACGAAGAAAGAAAAAAAAAAAAAAAGAGAGAGAGACACUUGUGCCAGCCUGGACAGAGGAAGUCAAGGAAGGCUUCCUAGAGGAAGAAGUUUCAUUAUGGAAGGAUGACUAGGAGUUGAGAAACAGGGUAGAGUAAGGGUCAGGCAUCCGUGACGCUCAUGAGGACCCAGCGCCCACCUCUCUCCACUUCACGGACUUCGCACACUGCCCUCUGAUUUCCAAAAGUCUCACCGCAGUCAUUGCUCCUUCCGUGGCGCCACCUUUGUCCUAUCUAUAGUCCGAGGCUGCCAUGGGACCAAAGCCAUGAAUGGUGCCACCCCCGGCUCGGCAGCCGCCCCCGCCCCAGUCCCCGACUGGAGGCAAUUCUGCGAGCUGCACGCUCAGGUAGCUGCUGUGGACUUCGCUCACAAGUUCUGCCGCUUCCUUCGGGACAACCCGACCUACGACACGCCUGACGCUGGGACCUCGUUCUCCCGCCACUUUGCAGCCAACUUCUUGGCAGUCUUCAGCGAGGAAGUGCGCCGCGUGCUGGGGACAGCAGCUGACACCAUGGAACCCGAGCCUGCGGUGACCUCCGUGACCUCGGCGCUCAAGACUGCAACCUAUGGCCACUCUCGCAGCUCCGAAGAUGUGUCUGCUCACGUGGCUACCAAGGCCCGUGUCCGCAAAGGCUUCUCACUGCGUAACAUGAGCCUGUGUGUAGUGGACGGAGUGCGCGACCUAUGGCACCGGCGCGCAUCCCCAGAGCCCGAGGGUGGGGCCACCCCGAAAACCACCGAGCCUGUGUCCGAGCCUCGUGACAAAUGGACGCGACGUCUGCGGCUGGCACGAACCCUGGCAGCCAAAGUGGAGUUAGUGGACAUCCAGCGCGAGGGCGCACUGCGCUUCAUGGUGGCAGAUGAUGCAGCCUCCGGCCCUGGGGGCACGGCACAGUGGCAGAAAUGUCGCCUGCUCCUCCGAAGGGCUGUGGCCGGAGAGCGCUUCCGCCUGGAGUUCUUCGUGCCACCCAAGGCUUCCAGACCCAAGGUCAGCAUCCCCCUGUCGGCCAUCAUCGAGGUCCGAACCACCAUGCCCCUGGAAAUGCCUGAGAAGGACAACACAUUUGUGCUCAAGGUGGAGAACGGAGCGGAGUACAUUCUGGAGACGAUAGACUCACUACAGAAGCACUCGUGGGUGGCUGACAUCCAGGGCUGUGUGGAUCCUGGGGACAGUGAGGAAGACACAGGGCUGUCUUGUGCACGGGGAGGCUGUCUGGCCAGCCGCGUGACCUCCUGCAGCUGUGAGCUCCUGACAGAAGCAGACAUGCCCCGGCCCCCAGAGACGAUGACAGCAGUGGGUGCUGUGGUUACAGCUCCACAUGGCCGAGCUCGUGACACCGUGGGAGAGUCCCUGGCUCACGUUCCCCUGGAGACUUUCCUGCAAACCCUGGAGUCUUCAGGUGGUGUCAGUGAGAGCAAUAACACAGGGGAUGAAGGAGCUGAGCUGGACCCCGAUGCUGAGGCUGAGCUGGAACUCUCCGACUACCCCUGGUUCCAUGGGACACUGUCCCGGGUGAAGGCCGCCCAGCUGGUGUUGGCUGGUGGGCCCCGGAGUCACGGCCUCUUUGUGAUCCGCCAAAGCGAGACUCGGCCUGGGGAGUGUGUGCUGACCUUCAACUUCCAGGGCAAGGCCAAGCACCUUCGCCUUUCUCUGAAUGGUCACGGCCAGUGUCAUGUCCAACACCUGUGGUUCCAGUCGGUGUUUGACAUGCUUCGACACUUCCACACCCACCCCAUUCCCCUGGAGUCAGGAGGAUCCGCUGACAUCACCCUACGAAGCUACGUGCGUGCCCAAGGUCCACCUCCUGAUCCAGGACCAGCGCCCAACACUGCAGCCCCGGUCCCGGCCUGCUGGACGGAGCCGGCUGGCCAGCACUACUUCUCCAGCCUGGCCACGGCCACCUGCCCACCCACUUCACCCUCCAAUGGCGCUGGAGCAUCGUCGUCAUCCGGUUCAUCAUCCUCUGCUACGUCCGUGCCCCCACGCCCAGCCGAGGGGCCACUCAGUGCGCGCAGUCGCAGCAACAGCACAGAGCACCUGCUAGAGGCUGCAUCCGGAGCCACUGAGGAGCCCGCAGAUGCCACGCUGGGCCGCGCUCGCGCUGUGGAGAAUCAGUACUCCUUUUACUAGCUGCCAUGCCUAUUACCCACGGGUGUCACGCACAACACAGCAGGCCACGAACACCUGCUGUCUGUCCUGCCCACCCACAGCCUGGCUAGCCCAUGACGGUCAACAACACCUAACAAAUGGCUAGACACACCUAUCCAUGGUCUAGCAUGGCCAAGACAGAUGGCCAGCCUAGCCACUUCAAACCCCAGGGGCCCAUUAUGACCGUGUGUGGCAGGCCAAGGCUAAGUCCAUGGUCGAUCAAACCCAUGAUAGCCCUCCAAUGAUUUCACGCCCCGCCCACUGGUGGUUGGCCACGCCCACCAGCAGCUAUUUCUAUACAGUCCAUCGUAUCCACGACAGGCAGCUCACUGACAACUAACCACAUUUGGUGACUUCAGGCCCUGCCUACUGUUGGUUGGUUACUCCUACAGUGGCAUCAUGGCCAACCCACUGGCUGCCUGCUUUGCUCGAGGGUAGCAAGCCACGUCUAUCAAGCCCAUGAAGGCUUACCCACUGAUUCCUAACAACCUCAGGCCCUGCCCACCCAUGUUGGGUCACAUACUCCAAUAGCCCACCAGGCUGUGGUCCGCCUAGCCUAGGACAGCCUGUCACGCCCACCAGCCCCAGCCCAACGCUGGGGGGAAAAGCCAAGCUCUUCAGUGAAGACAAACAUUAUUAAAGAGCCUGUUUUAGGGACUA